GAGGACAGUACCGGUGCUCACCUUCAGCAGUGAGGUGAUGGUGUCUGACAGCAGCGCAGUGUGUCUGUUCUGCUUCUCUGUCUGUGUUUAGAGGAGAAACAGAGUUCAGACAUGAAUCCAUCAUCUUCCUCAGACCACAGAGGAUCAGAAUCACCCGGAGAGACCCCCGUGUUCCUCUCAGAGCGAGAACCGGGCUCUACUGGAGCUCAGCGUCUUCCGUGUAGUGUCGAAUGGAGGACAUACACACCCACAGAGGAGGAGAAUAAGAUCUUCAGGGAGUGCGGUUCAGAGAGCUUCUUUAGUAGAUGUUUGCCCAUGGCAUUAUUAGGCCUGAUUAUCAUACCGAUCAUCUUCCCCAAAGGAUCCCGGUUUGCAUCCUCACGAGUUGGAUUAGUGCCAGAAAUAAUGCUUUUUGGUGCAGUGAGCUACAUUGUGGGACAGUACUCCUACUUGAAUGCCUGUAAGGAGAAGUUUAUGAAUUUGAGGGAUUCACCGAUUGGAAAAUCUUUAAGGCAGCCGCAUACCUUUUUACUUAGUCAGUCGGUGCUGAAUAAGAAUGAGCCCCAGCCUGAGAGUGUGUUCCAGUCCAACACUCGGACAAAAAGCCAGAAUACACAAUCCUCAGACCGCCCUCCCUCAAAGGUGAAGAAGAACAAGUAUGGAGAUUCAUGGGAGGAGUGAACAGAGAUCUACAGUCAGUACAGAGUGUUAAUGCUGUUACUGAACGACAAAAGUAUCGGGACAUGUUCUAAUUUCUUGCUUCUGUUUAAAUCAAGGCUUUUAAAAAGAGUUCAUCCUGAUCUUGCUUUUGAUAAAGCAACUGUCUCUACUGUCCAGAAAUCCCAAGGCUUUCUACUACAUUUUGAAGUGUCACUGUUAUGUCCUGGAUGUAUCACCAAGGAAUACACAAGCUGUGUGUGCAUUUACACAUCUAUAUUAGCAAUGGGUGCAACUUUUAAGUAGCUGAAGGAAUUCAUUGGAAGGGGGUUGGAUUUUGAGUGUGUGUGUGUAGCCUUUUUUGGAUCUGUGUUUCUGAGUUCAAAAUAAAAGUUGGUUAA